AUGUCCAGAUUUAUUCCCCGGCUCAAGUUUCCUGACUACAGGAUUCCCAUGGCCGAUUUCAAAGGUCACCAUGUCAAGGCGCUCAAACGGAUCGGGGGGCUCGCACCACAAAUCGAUUUGGUACUAGAGAUCAGAGACUCUAGAGCCCCCAUCAGCACCAGAAACGUCUUGUUUGACCGGGCCCUCAAGGGGAUCGACAGAGUGAUCUUAUACUCGAAGAAAGAUUCCACUGGGGUAAAUAAGUCGCUUCUUGAUCAAUGGCAUACCAACGAAAGUUACAUGUUCAUUGAUUGCCGCAAGAAAUCUGAUGCCCGAUACUUGAUCGAGAUUGCCAAACAGAAAUUCCAACUAAUGACCCCUCCUCCACCCCUUGGGCUCAGGAUGUUGAUCAUCGGUAUGCCCAAUGUUGGGAAAAGUACUCUAGUGAAUAAUUUACGUGACGUGGGGCUUCAAAAUGACGAUAAGGCGAAUAAUACCAUUAGUGGACCAUCGAAGAAAUUGAAAAAAGUUGCCAAAACUGGAGGCAUGCCAGGGGUCACCAGGUCGACCAGUGAGAUCAUUCGAGUCUCUAGAAAUCCUAGCAUUUUGCUUUAUGACACCCCAGGGAUCUCGUUACCUAAGGUGAAUAAUUCAGAGACCAUGAUUGUUCUAUCAUUAGUUGGUAGUAUCAACCCCACGUUCAUCGACCCGGUGAUCCAGGCAGACUACUUGUUGUUUUUAAUGAACUUACAAGACCCUUCAGGGAAAUUAUACUCGAAGUACCUCAAGGAACCUACGAACGAUAUCAUGUUAUUGCUAAAGGCCAUUGCCAAGACCAUUGGGAAAGAUAAUAUCAGAAACAAGUACACGAACGAGAAAACCUUCGAUGAAACCGGGACGGCGAUUUAUUGGGUCGACCGGUGGAGGCAAGGUAAAGAAGAGAAGAUCAUUUUCGAUACCCAUGCUAUUGAAAGAUAUACCAAAUUCAUGGAAAAAGUUGUGGAUUACAAGCAAUUAGAAUCGGAUGAGCGAGACAGAAUCGAUCAAAUGGACGUGGUCCUCAACAAAAAUCCAAGAUUGGAUAGCAAAGGUAAUUAUAAACCAAAGAGUUAUAUGGAAAAGCAAAUGGAUAAACAAAAUGUAUUGUUCAAAUUUAAUAGGGGAUGA